AUGCAGGGGAUGGUGCUGUUCAGACGCUGGCUCACUCUGUUUCUGCUUGCUGUCGGAGCUGGAGGGGCUCAGAGUCAGGACACCGGAAUAUGCCCCCUGCACCUGCUCGUCGGCCUGGACGUCACUGAUUACCAACAGUCCAGCCUGCACCAGUACCUGGAGGGCAUCAUCUGGGAGCUGUUCUCCCUGACCAGGGUCAGCUGCGCCCAGCUCAACGUUACCCUGAGCAUCCAGAGCGUGGACCAGGGCGGCGAGGUCCUCUUCCGAGCCCACCUCGCCAAGUACCAGCAUGACGUCUUGCAGCAGCUGCGUGUGGUGCAUGCCUUCAGGCGCACCUACCUGAACCAGCCCUCCCUACACAGACUGCUGGAGAUGAACCGAGGCCUGCCAGAGAGUAACAAGGUGGUGCUCCUGUUUACAGACGGGUUGGACGAUGAUGUGAGGAAGCUGGAGGAGAUGUCAGCCGCUCUGCGGGUGCAAGGUAUGUGGCUGGAUCACACAACUUCCUGGUGA